AACCCCGCGCUACCGUGCGGCUCUACCUCGAGUAAGGAAGCCGACAGGGAAAUCCGGCGCGACCAAUCGGUGGCCACACGGAAGUGGGCGGAAAGCCCCGCCCCCCGGGGCUUUGAGAGAGACGUUGGGCGGCGCGGCGCGGCGCUAGUGGCGUAGACGCCCAGCAGUCCUGCGUCUCUUCCGGCGGCUGGGGGGGUGUCCCGCCGGCGCGCGGGCCCUGCGGCCAUUUUGGGCUUCGCUUCCACCGCACCAGCCAACCUACCUAGCCCUUCUGGUGUCGCGUUGCUCAGGGGUUCUUCAACCUUCUGUCACUCAGAAAACCACCGCCGAGGCCGUGGGCAGGCUCCUGUCGAUGGUGUUGAAGCGUCGAGCCGACUAGGGAACGUCCUUUCCCUCCAGGAUGGAAGUCGCAUCAGCUGCCGCGUAUUGCGCGGGGUGUUUCUCCCUGUGUUCUGCCGUCCGCUGCCGCAUCCGCUGCCCUCUGUGGCUUUUCUGCUGGCUCGGAGAUCGGCCUGGAGCACCGACGCCACCGCUGGGCAAGGCCGAGACUCUGUAGGUUUCCUCCGAAUCCCAUCCGACCUCCAGCCGCUGAGCCCCGCGGCCCUACCCGAGAAACUGCCAAGGAAAAGGAGAUGGAGCCUGAGACAGGCGGAUUGCGGAAACGGCCUGGCCCUCGGGCCGGCUUCCGGUUCUGGCCACCCUUUUUCCCUCGGCGAUCGCAAGCAGGCUUUUCUAAGUUCCCGACGCCUCUUGCGCCGGAAAACUUCGGGGACCCCACACUGCUUUCCUCCGCCCAGCCCGAGACUCGGGUCAGCUACUGGACGAAGCUGCUCUCCCAGCUCCUUGCGCCGCUCCCCGGAUUGCUUCAGAAGGUGCUAAUUUGGAGCCAACUUUUCGGUGGAAUGUUUCCGACCAGAUGGCUAGAUUUUGCUGGAGUCUACAGAUCCCUGAAGGGACGGGAGAAACCAGCCGCCUCCACAGCGCAGAAAUCUUUGAGUUCGCUGAAGCUCGACUCCUCAGACUCCUCGGCCACCAGUCCCCUUAAUUGGCUAGAGGAGGGGAUCCACUGGCAGUGUUCGCCCCCAGACUUAGAAUUGGAGCUUAAGGCCAAGGGAAGUGCUUUGAACCCUGCAGCACACGCUUUUCUCUUAGAGCAGCAGCUAGGGGGAGUGGAGCUGUUGCCCUGUAGCCUUCAAUCCCGUCUGUACUCUGACCGGGAACUUGGCUCUUCGCUCUCUGGGCCUCUAAACAUUCAACGCAUAGACACUUUUAAUGUGGUAUCCUAUUUGCUGAGCCCCUCCUACCUGGACUGCUUUCCUAGGCUAGAAGUCAGCUAUCAGAACAGUGAUGGAGAUGGCGAGCUAGUCGGCUUCCAGACACUAACCGCAGAGAGCAGCUGCCUGAGAGAGGAACCUUGUCAUCCCCAGCCGCUGAGUGCAGAACUCACUCCGGCCUCGUGGCAGGGAUGUCCACCUCUUUCUACAGAAGGCCUACCAGAAAUUCACCAUCUUCGCAUGAAACGACUGGAAUUCCUUCAGCAGGCUAGCAAGGGGCAAGAGUUACCCACCCCUGACCAGGAUAAUGGCUACCACAGCCUGGAGGAGGAACACAACCUUCUCCUGAUGGAUCUGAAACACUGCAGAGAUAACCCAACACAGUUUGUUCCUGCUGCUGAAGACAUUCCUGGAACCACCCAGGAAUCCACUGAAGAAAAAAUAGAAUUAUUAACUGCAGAGGUUCCACUUGCUUUGGAAGAACAGAGCCCUUCUGAGAGCUGUCCAUCUUGUGAGAUACCUAUGGAAAAGGAGCCUGGAGAGGGCCGAAUAAGUGUAGUAGAUUACUCAUACCUAAAAGAUGACCUUCCCAUUUCUGCCAGACCAGCUUGUAGUAACAAACUGAUAGAUUAUAUUUUGGGAGGUGCAUCCAGUGACCUGGAAACAAGUUCUGAUCCAGAAGGUGAGGAUUGGGAUGAGGAAGCUGAGGAUGAUGGUUUUGAUAGUGAUAGCUCACUGUCAGACUCAGACCUUGAGCAAGACCCUGAAGGGCUUCACCUUUGGAACUCUUUCUACAGUGUAGAUCCUUAUCAUCCCCAGAACUUUACAGCAACAAUUCAGACUGCUGCCAGAAUUGUUCCUGAAGAGCCUUCUGAUUCAGAGAAGGAUUUGUCUGGCAAGUCUGAUCUAGAGAAUUCCUCCCAGUCUGGAAGCCUUCCUGAGACCCCUGAGCAUAGUUCUGGGGAGGAAGAUGACUGGGAAUCUAGUGCAGAUGAAGCAGAGAGUCUCAAACUGUGGAACUCUUUCUGUAAUUCUGAUGACCCUUACAACCCUUUAAAUUUUAAGGCUCCUUUUCAAACAUCAGGGGAAAAUGGGAAAGGCUGUCGUGACUCAAAGACCCCAUAUGAGUCCAUUGUGGCCAUUUCUGAGUGUCACACCUUACUUUCUUGUAAGGUGCAGCUGUUGGGGAGCCAAGAAAGUGAAUGUCCAGACUCGGUACAGCGUGACGUUCUUUCUGGAGAAAGACAGACACAUGUCAAAAGAAGAAAGGUAACCUUCCUUGAAGAAGUUACUGAGUAUUAUAUAAGUGGUGAUGAGGAUCGCAAAGGACCAUGGGAAGAAUUUGCAAGGGAUGGAUGCAGGUUCCAGAAACGAAUUCAAGAAACAGAAGAUGCUAUUGGAUAUUGCUUGACAUUUGAGCACAGAGAAAGAAUGUUUAAUAGACUUCAGGGAACAUGCUUCAAAGGACUUAAUGUUUUCAAGCAAUGUUAAGAUGAGUUGGCAGCCUGUAGUCCUAGCAUACACUACCUCUUACCUGAGAGGUGUCUUUUAAAAACAAAUCUUGGCAGCUGUCCUUUUGGAUAUAGUUUAAUUUUUUUUUUUCCCCAACAUAUCCCACUCAGAAACAUUCAGGUUUGAAGCCAGCCCUGAUGAUGAAGGAUGAACUAGUGUAAUUUCGAAUCCUCCCUUUUUUGAUUUAGUUGGAUGUGCUUUUAAAUGUCCUUUGCAUGCAUGAGGUGAAAAGGGGACCUUUUUGAGUUGUCAUUUUGCACUUUCAAAACUUAUUUUCUUGGAAAACAAUAUUUAUAGGGCUUAAAGCCCAUUUUCAUUUCUAAUCUAAAUUAUGUGUGCCUAUUUGAAAACUUUGGACUCUUGUUUCUUUCCCAAAAUUCAGAAGUUAAUGGGCUUUUAUGUUUUUCUAUGUUUUUUUAUUUCAAUGAUUUGGCCUAUCUACCUUAGGCUGAAAAAUAACCUUGUGUAUGCUACCAACUUAAAGUACAUUAUUUUGUAUCACUUUUUUUUUCUUGUAAAAAUGACUUGGGUUGAAAAUGUGUGUUAACCUUUUGUUUCUACAUUAAGUUAUACCUAGGAUAUUUCCAAGGAUUGCCAGAAAAUCCACAUGUGCAGUACUUUACUACUUUGGGAAAGCUGCAUCUUUCUACCAAGUUUUAAUGUCUAAUGUAUUUAAUUUCUUUGGAAACUGUUGUUUGGAGAGGGUUCUGUAUAUGUUAUUGUAGUUCCCAGUUUAAUAUAGUUCUUUGUAUCUCUUUAACAGGUUGAAGUUGUUGCAGAACACUCUGGAAAGUAAUAAUUACAUCAUAAUCAUUUAUUUUUUAAACUUAAAAGCCUAGCAAUUUCCUAGAAAGAAAAUGGGAGACAUCUCAGAGCAAUUUGGUUUUGGUGUAUAUGUUCUCAAUAGAAAACCAGUGUUAACGAAUAUCAUGCCUCAGCACUGUCACUUUUAAAACCUGUCAGGAUCCCACUGUAAAAUUGCAAAUGGGCAGUUCUGAAUUUUCACAUUUGAAAUGUAAAAUAUAAACUUCAGUCAGUAUCCAGGUUUAUUGUGUCCUACUGUUUAAUAAGGAGAGAAGUAAUGGCAAGGCCUUUACUUUCAGGAAAGGAUAGAGGUAUAGAUUAAUGACUACAAAGUCUUAAUAUCUUUAGCCCAAAGCUUGCUUUGAAUUAAGUCUUUGCAUUGACUGCUUGUGUUUGGUUUAUUUGUUUAGCUUUACAAGGUACACAUAAGUUAGGCUGAGGGGUAGUUAACUCUUCAGUGGUCUGCUUUCAUUCCGUGUGUUUCCUGUCACAGGUAACGGAAGACAUAAGUAGAAUAGGUGACCUCUUAGUUUUGAACUUAUUUAAGUGUGGGGAUGAAUUUUUCAUCAGAAGUGCUUACAGGGUUACUACCUCAGUUUACAAUCUACCUGGUCAUUAUUUUAUUUCUGUCUGGUUCUGCGAACUGCCUCCACUGUUUAUAUAUUCAUAAUUAAACACAUUGAGAAUGCAACACUAUAAAAACUGGUCAAGUUUUUGCAGAGCCCUUAUUCUGUGUGUUUUGUGCAUCUCCACUUUAGGUAAUCAUAGGGAGCACAUUUACAGGAUGGUCUAAUAA